CCCGUCGGCGAUUAGGACACAAUCUCUUGGGGGGGAUGGACUCACUCGCUACGGAUGAGUAUAGGCUGAGAGGUAUUUAUAACACACCCCGUUGCUGCUGUUGUUGGGGUGUGGAGAGAGAUGGCGUGGUGCGACGAUUCUAUCAGCGGCGUAGAGCAGAAAAGCGCAAUGUCGGCAGAUGUCUCACAUCCUGUGGCGGUGCUACAGAAUACAACUCGAGCAGAGAUUCUAGCAUUCAUCAUACUUCUGCUCCUGGCCCUCGGAAUUACCAAGGUCAUUUACAAUGUCUUCUUCCAUCCAUUGGCCGCGGUGCCGGGCCCUAAGCUAUUCGCGAUCUCAGCCAUCCCCAUCAGCUGGUCCCGGGUCCGUGGCACCUCUCCUUAUAAGUUCGCCGAGCUCCACGAGGAGUAUGGCCCCGUCGUGCGAGUUAGCCCAAACGAGGUCUCUUGCGCUGGCACCACCGCUUUCAAAGACGUCUACGGCCCUCGCUACGGGAAAGGGGGACCGCUGCCCCGCGACACGCGGACCGCGACCCUCAAGGAGAUGUUUGGGGCAGUGGGCAUGUUUCAGGCCAGCGUACAAGAACAUGCGCGCAUACGUCGUCAACUCAGCCCUGCUUUCUCCGAGAAGGCCUCACGGGAACAGGAGCCCCUGGUGAGGGGGUAUAUCAACUCCAUGCUCCAAAAGUUGCGCGACGCCUCGGAGCGGGGGGAAGCCGUGGACAUAGAGAAGUAUACUAUGUGGGCAACAUUUGACAUCCAAGGUGACCUAGUAUUCGGGGAGGAUGUGUUCGGGUGCAUUAGGGAAGAGCGCUACCACCCCUGGAUCAAUAUUAGCAUGACCUUCUUUACUGGCAGUGUCUACACCCACGCUCUAAACGACAUCUCACCGUGGGCCUUGUGGAUCUGGCAGCGAUUUCUGACCCCCAAGAGCCUCGUCGACGCGCAGAGUUACCAUAUAAAAACUACGCUAGACCUCGUAGAUAAGAGGAUGGCUGCCGGGAAGACCAACCACCCGGAUUACAUGUCAUUUAUCGCCGGCGAAAGCAAGGCUGGAGAGAUGCUCACCAAGGAGCAGAUGUACGCCAACGCCCAAAUGCUGGUCAUGGCAGGUUCGGAAACGGUUGCGACGACUUCCGCGACCACCCUUUUCCUCCUCCUAACGCACCCAAAGAAGAUGGAUCGCGUGAAGCGGGAGAUUCGAUCUGCCUUCGAUUCGGAUCAGAGCGUCACUGCUGCUUCUGUGGCUCAACUGCCGUAUCUCAUGGCUGUGAUCGACGAGUCUAUGAGGGUAUGGCCCCCAGUUGCGACGUCGUUCAACCCUCGACAGGUACCAUCGGGGGGUUGCACUGUCGACGGAUACUUCAUCCCCGAGGGACUCUUCGUCGGUAUCCAUAACCACGCCAUCGGCCGUCUAGAGGGCUAUUUCAGAGGCGCGAAGGAGUUUGUCCCCGAGCGGUGGCUAGGCGACGAACGGUAUAGCAGUGAUGCUAGAGGGCUUUUCCAGCCAUUCAGCUCCGGACCAAUGAACUGCAUUGGCCUCACGAUGGGUCGUAUGGAGACCAGGGUUAUUCUGGCGAGGCUUAUAUACAACUUCGAUAUUGAGCUGAUGCCCGAGUGCAGCAGCUGGCUCGAGAAUCAGAAGAACUACAUCGCAUGGCACAAGCCCCCUUUGCUGGUAAAACUAACACGGGUGGACUAGCGGGGCAGCCAGCAAGCAUGACAGUCGAUCGCAGAGCACUGUCACUAAGCGUAUGUUUUGUGGGAAGGCUGACGGCAUGACUUUCCGAAUCGCUGAGGGGAGGACAGUUCGUUUCCCAUGUCUACGUUAAUAAGAGUAAAAAUAUGGAGUUCGAGCCAACAGUCGUCCCUUAUCGUUGAGGACCCGUAUGCUGUACUCGAGAGCAGCUGUGAGGCGUGAUCUACCGCUCA